GUAUUCUGUCACGUGACCACGCCAGACGUUCAUGAAACCGGCUGAAAAGUGAUUGGAAAUUUAUAAACUUGUAAAACUGCAUAAUAAUGGAGGUUCAGUUGCGAGUACGUGAUGCUAAAAGCAAUAAACCUCUGGCAGAAAUUAAAGGUUUUAAACCAACAAGUACAAUCAGAGAUAUAAAAUUAUGGUAUCAUCAACUUAAUCCUAAAUUAGACAUCAACAGAAUAUCUUUUAAAGCAGAACAAAGAGGAAAAACUCUUAAAGAUGACCAGACUUUAUUAAAUGCUGGUGUUUCGUUUAAUGGUGAACUGUUUUUUAAAGAUUUGGGUCCGCAAGUAGGGUGGACUACUGUAUUUUUAACAGAAUAUGCUGGCCCUCUGGUUGUGUAUCUAUUAUUUUAUAUCAGACCAUCUUGUAUAUAUGGACCUGCUGCUGCCAAUCAAGCUUAUUCUAGAGUUGUCAAUAUUGCUGCUGGUUGUUGGACAUUUCAUUAUGGUAAACGAUUGUUUGAAACUAUAUUCAUUCAUAGAUUUUCUAAUGCCACAAUGCCUAUAAUGAACAUAUUCAAGAAUUCUAUAUAUUAUUGGGGAUUUGCAGCUUUUGUAGCCUACUUCAACAAUCAUCCUCUUUACACCUUACCUAAGUUUGGGGAUAGACAAAUUUAUGGUGGUCUAGCUUUAUUCGUGUUUGCUGAAUUGGGUAAUUUCUCUGUUCAUUUGGCUUUAAGAAAUCUGCGACCAGCUGGUUCUAGAGUAAGAAAGAUUCCCUACCCUACUCUCAAUCCAUUUACAUGGUUGUUUAAAUUCACCUCCUGUCCUAAUUAUACUUAUGAAGUUAUGGCAUGGGUCGGGUUCAGUGUCAUGACACAAAGUUUGCCAGCUGCCAUAUUUACUCUCGCAGGAUUUUAUCAGAUGGCCGUCUGGGCGCAAGGUAAACACAGAAACUAUCUCGCUGAAUUCCGAAACUAUCCAAAGAUCAGAACUCCAAUACUACCAUUCUUGUUGUAAAUUUAACUUAUUAUGGUGCCUGAUUGCCAUUUGCAUUUUUCAGACAAUAUUAAAUUUUUCACGGUUUAAUCUGAUAUAUACACAAAUUAAUUAUUUAAUAUUUGAAAACAAAAUAUCAAUGGUAGAAAAUCUUAUGAUUCUGAUUCAAUCGAAAUUAAAACAUUUGACUUAACACUCAAGGUGGCGCUGGUCUUUUUUAAAUCGUCUGCAGAGAAAGCCAAUCUGAUUAAAACACAGAUUCUAUUUCGUUUAGUUUUUUAUAGUUCAAAAUUUCGUUUUACUUGUCUUCACUACACUAGGAUCUGGAAGAGUUGUUAUAUUAUAGGCGUUCUGGUUGAAGUAAGGAAUUAGCCAAUGAAAAAGUCUUCUACGGCGAGUUCUUGGUGUGCGAUGCACGAAACUGUGGGUAAUCCACUAAAAAUGUUAACUUUGAUUGAUUAAUCAAUGUCUGACGUCAUAGGAUCAAAAGCCGUUCGUACGACCCCUGACCCCUGGUCAGAUCUUCAUGUAGUGUAGGCCAUCGAAAGUAUAAAAAAACGAAACGAAAUAUAGAUCUGUAUUUCAAUCAGAUUGCAGAGAAGGCCGAAUGUUGACAAAUUUUCAAUUAGUAUAUCUUUGCAAACACUGAACGGAAUUGAACCAUUUUUGGACUGAUAAUUUUUGGGGAGAUUCAACUAUCACAAUAUUGUAGUUUACAAGGGGUUCAAAAUUCUCUCAAAUGGUAAUCAGAGACUUUAAUAUGAUUGUUAUAUUGUAAAAGACAGCUAUAAUUAUAUCCAGGAAUUCAUGUGUUCUUAAAAUCAUGUUCGCCAAAUUUCACAGUUUUUAUAUGUAUGUUUUCUGAUAGUUGACGUAUAUUAAGGUUGUCAACCAUUUAACACUUAGACCACUCUCCUAUCUGGGACUCCUUACAUUGCCCAAAACCGCCCUGUAACGUACGCAACUAGUAAAUGGUCCUAUAUGGAAAGCUGUUCACAUAUCUCUGACAGUUUUGGAUAGUUGACGUAUAGUCAGGUUGUCAACCAUUUAGCUCUUCGACAACCCUGUCUGGGACUCCUUAGACUGCCCAAAACCGCCCUGUAACGUACGUGACUAGUAAAUGGUCCUAUAUGUAAAGCAGUUCACAUAUCUCGGGCGGUUUCUGAUAGUGCUAAAGAGUUGACAACGCUAAAGAGUUGACAUCCUUAAUAUAUAUCAACUAAGUCCACCCUGUCAGGGACUCCUUAGACUACCCAAAACCGCCCAGUAACGUACGCAACUAGUAAAUGGUCCUAUAUAGAAAGCUAUUAACAUAUCUAGGGUGGUUUGAGGUGGUCUAAGGAGUGUUUCAAUCUCUCUAGGAAUGUACAGAUAUUAUAAUAUAUCAAGGAACUGGGGGUAGUCCAUAUUUACCAAGAGCUUUAAAUGUCACCAGAAAAAUUUCAUAAUUUUUUUUAAAUUAUGCAAGUAAUUAUAAUGCAUGUAAUUAUGUCAACAUAUCCUUUCCAUAAAUAUAACAGGAACCCGAAUGUCAAUAUUAUCUG